AUGCGUGAGUUGCUCUUGUCAUCUCGCGUCUGUCGCCAUUGGUACAAUGUCAUCCAACAAUCCAGCCGAAUCCAGAGAGCAUUGUUCUUCCGCCCCAGCCUCCCGCGCGCCGCAAUUGGUGAACCGGGGCUGAAGAACCCACUGGUGCGGGACCAGAUAUGGGACGAAUUCUUCGUCCGCGUACUCGACUCGCGUCGGCGACCCGGGAACGAAAGACACCAUCUCCCGAAGAUGAGAUCCCGCAAACGGGAAGAGGCGUAUCUGCGCCCUGAAGCCAGCUGGAGGAGGAUGCUGCUGCACCAGCCGCCUACUUCAUUCAUCCGGUUCCUGGAUCCAGACUGGUGCUGGUCGGUGCCGGGGAUCCCAUACAGCCAUGCAUAUUGGUCGCAGCCGGCGGCGGAGCAUGGGGCCAUCACGCUGGGCGAUCUGGAGCGGCUGAUCGACGCCGGGGCGAUUGUGCCAUCGGCCAGGCCGUUCGUUUGCUGUCCGGAGGUCAUACGCCAGCCGGUCCGGUGGCGGGAGGCGUACGGCUGGCUAUCCGAAGGCGACAGUUACCGCCGGGCGUUCGUGGACCGAUACCUCGAAUGCUACGACUUGGUCAUUUAUGUGGACGAUGAGACUAACUGGCACUGGCAACGGACUUCCACACCCACGCCGUUCACGGAUUGGGUCAUGUCUGCGGGUCUGAAGCUGCGGAGGCUGGAGACCCCCGCUGAAGCAUUGAUCAAUGGGAAAGAGGGUGACAAGGUGUAUCGAGAAUUGGCACUUCUUCGUGGCUUCUAA